UUUAAUGGCGGCCGAAAUGAUAAAUAAAAGGUCAGAUAUAAUUAUAUUUAUAGGUAUUGCUAGUUAUUUCGCUUCGUCAAUGCCUGGUACCAUAAAAUGCAUUAUACUAUAUAUAAAUAGGAAACGAGUUGGUAGAAUGAUAAACAGCCUACACUUUGCACCAUUUGCACUGAAUAAAUGUCGCGGAGGAAAAAAAGAAGAGAAUAUUUUAAAGUCGUUAGUUCGCAAAACGAAUAUUCAGAAUAUUAUAUAUAUUUCAACUACUUUGGGUACUUUGCUCUUUGGUAUUAUAAACACGCUUUAUUACCGAUUAAGAUACUGGUAUGAUAGUUCUUUAUGGGUGAUGCCUUAUGCACCUACUAUGCCUUGGUUCGAUUACUCUUCUUCGCCAAUAUAUGAAUAUGGCGCACUUUUCCAAUGCUUCAGUAUGUUAAUCUAUGCUAUUCAGAUUGGAAAUUCAUUUUCUAUAUUUAUUGGACUUUUGGCUCACAUUAGCAUCCAAAUGGUUAUUUUAAGCAAUGCUUUUAGGAAUCUCAAAAUUAGAGCUGAGAACUUACAAAAACUUGACGAUGAUAAGAGCAAACCGUUUGAGCAUUACGUGAACAUCAUUUUUCGAGAGAACAUAAAUCACCAUUUGCAAAUAUUCGAGUUGGCCAAUGAAAUGGAGAAAUUGUACAGUGUUAUCAUUCUUAUCCUAAUGUUUUCUUGUACAGUGAUUAUGUGUUUUGUUCUCUAUUGCUGCCUUGUGUUUCCUGUUUUUAGCAUGUUUUUCUUGCAAAAUGCCACUUUCAGCUGCAUUAUCUUUUGUCACAUUGCAAUGUAUUGCUAUUGGGGUAAUGAAGUGAGUGAGACUUCCUUGGGCGUGGCGCAGGCUGCAGCAGAAGUUGAUUGGGUCGACCUCCCGGGACAUAUCCCAAAAUCUUUAAUCAUGGUUAUUAUCCGUGCACAAAAACCUCUGCGCAUAACUGCUGGGAAGUUCUUUCCUCUCAAUAUGGCCACAUUCAUGAGUAUUAUGAGAGGAACUUUUUCAUUUUUAAUGUUCUUUAAAGAAUCUCAGGAAUUAUCUAAUUGAAGAAAAUUUAUAAUAUAUUCAUUUAAAAUGUAUUAUUUAGUUGUAGUAUUAGGAGU